AUGAUAAUCAAUUUUUUGUUGGGAGCAGUAAUUAAGGCAUGCUACACAAAUUAUUUUGCAGCAGAAAAUAUUGAACAAAUCAGUAUUUAUCCAACAGAGGGUGAACGUUUAUUAAUCUAUAUGAAUGAAUAUUAUUUUGGAUCAAAUAUCUUAUAUUCGUAUCAACCUUAACUUCCCUUCGUCAACGUUAUCAAUGCUGUAGAAGAGAUUAGUUCAAUUUCAGGACAGAGUAAAAUAUAUUAUAAUUUAGAAUAUUUGUCUAUUUCUUGUAACAUAUCUCACUUCGCUACAAUCACCUCACAUAACGAUAUAAUUAUUUAUAAAUAUGAAAAUUAAAUUCUCUAAUAAGAUGGAUAAUAGAUCCCAAUUAGUAAGGCAUAUAAAUGUCUAAAUAUUUUAAUUUCAGUAGAAUCUGGAAUUUUGCUUGAUUGUUACAAAGAUAAUACUUUUUAUUUCUUUUAAUUAACAGAUAGUAAAUUAAUAACUGUUUAUUAAGCAAUUUCUACACAGCCUAAUUCAUCAAAAAUUAGAGAGAUUGUUAUUUCAUAAAAAAAUUACAUAGUUUAUGGUUAAUUAUAUUCAUCUAAUUCUACAAUUACCUUAUUUUCAUCUCAAUUUUAGAAUUUAUCUAUUUGGUAAAAUGAUUAUAUUGACUUUGAUUCCUCAUUAUUAGGAUAAUUAUCUUGUAUAUAUGUAUUAACCAGAAAUUCUAUCUUAUAACUUGUAAUUAAUCAAACUUAUUAAUUUGAAAUUACUACUCAGAUUUUAGUUUAAGCUUGCACUUUUUAUGUAUUUUAAAACUUUGAUUAUUUUUCAGAAUGUGAUUAAAUAAUGUACAUUGAACGUCAUCUUUAUUUUUUUAUUUUUGGGUGUGAAGGCCAGUUUAUCAGAAAUGAUAAUUCAAAUGGUGUUGGUUUAGUUGAUAUUCAUAUUCUGAAUGUUUUUUUCAAUAAUAAUUUUAUGAUUAUUUUAGCAAAAUAGUAUGUAAAACUAUAUUAGUUAAAUUAUAAUACAUUCUCUUUAGCCAUUAUAUAAAUAUGUGAUUAUGCUUUGGUUCAUUUUGAUUCAUUAAAUAACUAAUUAUUUAUAUUUGAAAAUAAAAUACAUGUAUAUUAAUUAAAUAAUCCUGCAUUAGAAAUUAACCUUGUAAAUUAGAAUUUAGCAGGAUAGACUUAUAAUUUUUAAUUAUCUGCAUAAUUAAAAAAUUUAACUAAUAUUAAAAUUUGUAAGAUUGCUAUAACCCUGUAAGUGUUGUAAUAAAAUGACACCAAUAUUUAUGUGAUGUACACUACGAAUCUUCAACAAUAUUCUGGGAUUAUUUAACCAUUUAAAAAUGAAAGCAUAACUGUGGCUUAUUCAGGAUAAUUAUUAUAGUUUUAAGUUAAUUAAAACAAUUAUCAAUUUGGUAGUUUUUAAGAUGAAACACUUUCAGAGACAUGUUAGUUUUAAACAGAACAAUUUUCCUUAUUUCAAAUAUUAGGUAAUUAUUUUAUAGGAUAUGAUAAUUUCUCAUUGUUCUUUUAUAAAUAUAAAUAUUCAGCCAUUAAUUAUAAUACUUAACUAUAAUUUACAUUAAUAACUAAAGCUGAAAUUAAAAUAAAUGCUCAGUAAUUACAAGUAGCUUAUAAUUUAACAGGUAUGAUAAUGGUUGGAAUUAGUGAUUUAGAUUCAGUAUAUAUUUUUUAAUUAAUAAAUGAAGAACUAAUUUAAUCAUCAUUUCAUUUUGGUAAACCUUUUUCAUAAUUUUUACUAACCUAUAAUUAUCUAAUUGUCCUUUUCUUUAAAAAAGAAAUAAUAUUUUAAUUAUUAUGGGGUACUUAAAAAUUAAAAUUAGAUGAAACUUUGGUGAAACAUUAUUUCAAUCGCACUUAAAACAUACGAUUUCAUCCUAUUUAAAUAGAACUGAAUGUAAAAUUACAAUCUUCUUAUUUAUAUGUUAAUAAUGAAAAUAACUUUUUUAUUUUGACUCUAAGAUAGAAUAAUGUUAUACCUAUUUAUUUUCAAGAUUUUCCCUAUUAAAUAAAAUAAUUGAAUCUUGUUAAAUAAUUAUUAAUAAUUUCUUAUUAAUGCCAUUCUAAUAUCAAUUGCUUUUAAGUAUAUAAUGUUUAAAAUAUCAGAAAACCAUAAUUUUUAAGGUUUCUUUAUAACAUCAAUUAUGAUGGAAAUAUUUAAAUUUAAUCAGAUAAUUAAUUAUUUUAUGUUUUAUUUCCUAAUUAUACAUUGUAUGUUUACAAUCCUUAUUUACCUGAAAGUAAUUGUUUGUUUUAUAGGAUUUAAUUAAAAUCCUCCACUUUUGUUUCUUAAUUUGAUUCCUAUUAAACCCAAAUAUAUAAUUCAGGAUGUUUUUUAUUUCUAUAAAGUACUUUGCGUGUAAGUAUUUUAGUAAAUUAAUCUCUUAAUUAUGGUGCUUAAUACCCAUAACUAAUUUAUAAUUACACUAUUUCAUCAUUAUUAAAUUCAACUGCCUUUUAAUAAACUCCUAAUCAAAGUAUAACAUAUUAUACUAAUUAUACUUAUUAUUAACCUAUGAAUAAAUAAUAAUAUAAUCUUAAUUUUGAAGAAGUUAAUUACUAUUAGAAAACUUUCAAAGUACCUUUAAGCAAUAUUAUCUACAGAUAAAUCAAUUACUGUAAUGUCGAACCUUAGCCCAUUUCUUAAUGCACUUUAACUAAUUACUCUGGAAUUAAAAUUAAUUCUAACAUCUAUAAUUGUACAAUAAUGACAUCUAUAAAUAAUUAAUAUUUUGCUUUACAAAAUAUUACUUCAAUUUAAAUAUUAAACUAAACAAAUGAUAAUUUAUUUAUUAUGGAUUAUUCUAAAUUUAAUUCAACCUUGUGUUUCUAAUCAACUUCUUUUGAAAAUUAUUUGUACUCGAUUUGUUAAAAUUAAGCCUCUUAAUACUGGUUGAUUUUUUAAUUAAAUAGUAAAACAGGAGAACUAAAUUUUAUAAAUAAUUUUACUCUUCCUCAGAAUUUUUCAUCAAUAAAGAAAAUUGUUAGUCUCUAUGAUUUAAAUUUUAUUUUGGGCUAAAUAACUAAUUAUUCACGUUAGUAUUUAUUCUUAUUUUAUUACAAAAAUAACAGUUUAUUGAACAUUGGUUAAUGUGAUGAUUUUUCUGUUACUUUUGUGGAUAUAGUUAUUGAUCAAGGUUAUUAAUAAAGUCGAUUUAUAGUUUUUGUAGGUAUGAUGUUAUAAUUAAUCCAAAAUGACACAGGAAUAUUUAUUGAAAUAAUGUAUGAUAAAUUGACAGAUAUAGAAUAAAAUUAUUAUUAUUAAUUCCAAAGAAUUAAUACAUCGGCAAAUUUUAUAAUUUUAGAUGUAAAGAUAGACUAAAUAAUAAUACUAUUUACUGAUACAAAUGGUUUAAGCAUCAUUAACAUUUUUUAUUUUAAUUUAGCUAACAAUUUAUAUUUUUUACAGUAAGUUCUCACAACUAUUCCCCCAUUUCUCAAUAAUAGUUUGAAUCAAACUUCCAUUAUUAAUAAUGAAAUCUUAAUACAAUAAUUUUAUAACGGAAGUUAAUAUCUACUUGCAGUUUAUAACUUUACGAAUUUUAUAUAAAAAAAUUUUUCACAACCUAUUUUAAUGUUUUGCUCUUUUUCUACCAGCAAUAUUUUAUAUGCAUCUAUUUAUGAUUAAAAAAAUUAAAAUGGAAGCUUAAUUGCCUUUACCAAAAAAGGUUUAUAAUUGUUUCCGAUAGUUACUUAGGAGUUAUCAUGUAAUUUCAAAAAAAAAAACAAAUCUUUAAUUGCAAACAUCACUUGUAGUAAUCUUUUUAGUUCAGGAAAUUAUUAGUUUGAAUUUUUGUUACCUGAUUUCGAUUACCCUAAGUAAAGCUGGCCAUAUGCUUUGAUUUCAAUGCUCCUUUUGCUUUUAUUGAUUUUCAUCAUCAAAAUUUAAGCUAAAUCUAGAAACUUAGGUCAUUUAAAAAUUGAAAUUGAAUUAUGA